UAACAGCUGAGCCGCUUGAGUGCAGGCGAGUCUGGGCAAUUUUGAUUCAAUUAGUAUACGUUAUAAGCCAGUUAUAAGCCAGUUUUUGUUAAAGUAAGAAGUCUCCACUAUAGUACAGUUUACUGUUUGUGUUUAUAUUCGUGGGCUGACGUUGAGGAUCAUGAAAUAACAGUGUUGCCCGUUGCAUCGCGGCAUGCCCUAUCUGUGUUGGAUUCUUUGAUGGGGCUUUUAAGAGUGAAGAUGCCGCCGAAGUUUCAGCUACUGGCUCUAUUGGCCUUCGCGAUUGCCAUGAUUUUCUUGGAAAACCAAAUUCAGAAGCUUGAGGAGUCACGGGGAAAGCUGGAACGAGCAAUUGCCAUACAUGAGGUACGAGAGAUUGAGCAGCGGCACAUUCAGGAGUGGGCAAAGGAGGACGUGCAAGAGGAAGACAAUAUGGUGAUCAUCUACAACAGAGUACCAAAAACAGCCAGCACCUCCUUUACCAACAUUGCCUAUGACCUGUGUAACAAGAACCACUACCAUGUGCUGCACAUUAAUACUAGCAAAAACAACCCAGUCAUGUCCCUUCAGGACCAGGUAAGAUUUGUCAAGAAUGUGACAUUAUGGAAGGAGAUGAAGCCUGCAUUCUACCAUGGACACAUUUCCUUUCUGGACUUCACUAAAUUUGGGGUGAAGAAAAAGCCUAUUUACAUAAAUGUAAUUCGGGACCCAAUUGAGCGCCUGGUGUCUUAUUACUACUUCCUGCGAUUUGGUGAUGACUACAGGCCAGGCCUACGGCGCAGGAAGCAGGGGGACAAAAAGACGUUUGAUGAGUGUGUGGCUGCAGGAGGAUCUGAUUGUGCUCCAGAGAAACUGUGGCUUCAAAUUCCCUUCUUCUGCGGUCACUACUCUGAGUGCUGGAACAUUGGCAGCAAAUGGGCUUUGGAGCAGGCCAAAUUCAACCUUGUGAAUGAAUAUAUGUUAGUUGGGGUGACAGAGGAGUUGGAAGACUUUGUUAUGAUGCUGGAGGCAGCAAUUCCCCGUUUUUUUAAAGGGGCCACAGAGCUCUAUCGAACUGGGAAGAAAUCACACUUAAGAAAGACGAGUGAGAAGAAGGCACCCACCAAAGAGUCCAUUGCCAGACUGCAGCAGUCAGACAUCUGGAAAAUGGAGAACGAGUUUUAUGAGUUUGCACUAGAGCAGUUCCAGUAUGUUCGGGCCCAUGCGGUGAGAGAAAAAGAUGGAGAACUGUAUCUACUGGCACAGAAUUUCUUCUAUGAGAAGAUUUACCCAAAGACUACCUGAGACUCAAAAGUGCUCCAUAAUGUUGUAUACUGUUGUCAGAAACACUGGAGGGGAGAAUACCUUACAUUUAUAGGUACAUUCUCCUUACCUGUUCUCCAUCUGGAUUUGUACAUUUAGAGGAACCGAAUUGAGUAAGUACCACAGGAAAGAGUAUGGGUCAUAUUACUAAUACAUAUGAUUUCAAAACUCUCAGCUGAGCUUUAAGUGACAGCUUUAUCUUGCCAUUAUUGAAAACAACCUUCACAUUUCUGCCAUAUGCUAUUUGACUUUAAAUAGGUGCUGCCACAUUUCUUGAGAGAUUUUUCUGUAAAAUGUCUUUGACAGUGAUUUAAUAAUUUGAUGGUUAUUGUUGUUCUGUAACUGAAUGCUGCUGCUUGAGAGUUUUUAUAUCUUAUUUUAAAGUGGAAGUCUACUAAGCACUCUGAAUAUAUUGAAGUUCUUUAUCAGGCUCAGAAUGGUAAUUGAGCCCUAGGGACAAAAUGUGGAGUUGGACUUAACAUUUCUGGAACUUUCAAAAGACUGUUUAUGGAAUGUAUAGGGAAUACACAGAUUAGAUUAGACAGGAUUAUUGUACAUUGUUAAAAAUAUGUCAUUCUUUGACAUGCCUGAAUCUUUUUUUAUAUAUAUAAUCCCAACCUUCUGCUCACAAACCUGAGGUUCAUUCCUUCAUUUUUUUUUUUUUUCAGCAAUUACAGAAAAUAUAUUUUUAUCUAAAAAUAUAUAUGUAAAUACUGGUCAUUUUGUUAUGGUUGGACCAAAAGGUUUAAAUACGGGAGAAUAAAGGAUUGAAGAUGAAUGUUUUUUUUGUUUUUUGUUUUUUAAAUGAACCAUGUCUACAUGUGGAUAAUUUUAUGGUUAAGGAUUAAUGGCAAACAUCAGUUGUAUAUUAUUAUUAUUAUUAAUUACUUAUUUGCUUUUAUAUUAAGAACGUUAUGACUGCAGUGUCUUGUUUUUUUGUUUUUGUUUUUUGUGGUUUUUUGUUUUAGCUAUUUCAGUUUUUUAAUUUUUUACAUUUGCUGUUCAAACCUAAAUCUUUUGUCAGUCUUCUUAUUGCAACAUACCAUUAGUUUACUUCUUUACCAUUGCAAGAUCUUAGACUUUAAAUGUGAAUGUUCAUUGAGAUGUGAAAGAAUAUGAAAUGGGACUGCUUUGUUAGGAAUGUGCCUUUUUUCUAUGACAAAUUCUGUGACACAGCUGUUUCUACAGCCUGUGUAAAUAUGACUUGACAUCAGCAUGUGAAUAUUUUCAUUUUUACAUGUUCAAAUUGAUGGUACAUUAGCAUAGAUUGCUCUUCAAAAAAUUAUGGAUGUGAAUUUCAACUUUGAUGUUUCAAAGUUAAAAAGAAAUGCACCACUGUAAAAUAUUUUUCCCUUUGUAAUGUUACUAAAACAGUGAAACUGAAGUUAAUUUGGAUAAUGUGAGGUCUCAUAUGUAAUAAGUGUUUAUGUUGAUAUUUCUUGCCACAGAUUUGUGCAUGUUCCUGCUAUACAAUCAGGGUUGGUAGUAACGGAAUGCAUGUAACGGGAUUACGUAUUCAAAAUACAAGUAACUGUAUUCCACUACAGUUACAGUUUAAAUCAUUGGCAUUAAGUUACAUUCAAAAAGUAUUUUGAUUACUGAAGAGUUUACUUUGCAUUUUAUUGUCAUUUGUUUCAUUUAAUAUUUAGUCCUUUCAGAUGGAAAACAUUUAUACAUAUAAAUAAUUCGAUCCAAAGUGCAUUUGAACAGCAGUGAAACACUUUCUUAUGAUGCAAUUCAUAAAAAAUUAAUACGAACAGACAAAUAAGUACGUUUGAAGCAGAAAAAAUAGAAAUAAACCUUGUGUAAAUUGUCAUCUUUAUACUACGAUAAAAUGCUGUUUCUAGCCAUUUUACAUGCACGUUACCAGGCAUGAUCAUAUUUUUUUAUCAGGAUAAUUUACAUUAGAUCAUAAUUUCUUUGAUAUUAGGGCAAAAAUUGUAUUCCUGUUAAUUUUUUUAUUGUUUUCCUGUAAAAACAUUUUUUACAAAUCCUUAAAACAAGAACAAUUAGAUUAAUCUUGUUUUAGAAACAACACUGCAUGAGAAUGUAUUUUUAGUGUGCAUUUUGUCUUACUGUACUGGGAGAGUUUUUAAAGUCAAAACAAGUGAAAAUAAAAUCUACCAGUGCUGAAGAAGAAAUCUAAAGUAUUUAGUAUGAGUGAGUGGUGGUGGCAUAGUGGGCUAAAGCACUGAACUAGUAAGCAGAAGGUUGGUGGUUCGAUCCCCUUUGGAUAAAAGCGUCUGCCAAAUGCAAAAAUGUAAAUGUAGAAUGCAUUACUGACCUUGAGUAAUCUAACGGAAUACAUUACAAAUUACAUUUUACAGCAUGUAAUCUGUAGUGGAAUACAUUUCAAAAGUAACUCUCUUAACCCUGUAUACAGUAUAUAGUUUGCUUAGGGAAGAAAAUGGGUGCUGGAAUUGCACAUUUGCCCCCAAAUCUUCGAAGACACAAUGUGCAUAGAACAGGUCUUUGUGACAAAAUCAGUAUUUUGAGGUAUUGCAGAUCAUUUUGAAGUUUUAUGGAGUAUCAAUGCAAUGUAUAAUGAAACACAAGAGUAGUGUUUUUUUGUUGUUGCUGUCUUUGUUUUCACUUCCAAAUGCUGCUCUAUUCUUUGUUCUUCAUUUAAACAAUAAUGAGACUGCAGGAGAUUUGCUCAUCUUUUCAGCUUACAACAUCGAGUUUGAUUUUAAAACAGACUGAUUUUUGUGUAUGUCAGCCACAAUGAAGACUGUUUGAUUUAUUUAGAAGGUUUUUGCUGCUAUUCCCCAAGCAAUUUAAUAUUAAGUUAACAGCAUUGUCAGUUUUUGUCUUUGAAGAAUAUUUUCCUUUUAAACAAAAUAUAAAAUAAAGCAUAAUGACGCAUACCGUGUACAUGGUGCCUUCAUUAUGAGACAAUUGCAUUGGACAUUAGACAACAAAAACUGUGCUUUUGUUUCAGUGCAAACUUUUUGUGUUAAAUUUAAUAUUCUUUGCCUUUGAUUUUAACUACACAAACACAGAAAGUGUCUUCCUUUUUGAAGAA